GAUUAGAUUAACGGAAAGGAGACAGAUGCUGAGAAAGUGAGGGAAAAACUUGAGGUCGUUGUUCAAAGACGGGUCCAGAGCUAUAUUAUAGUCUUUGUUAAAGUUUGUUUACUAUUAUUAUAAUAUUUAACUAUAUAGAUUUUAUAUUUCAAUUUGUAUUGUCCUUGGAUAUUUACUUUCUGAACUCUUUCCGUUAUUAAUACCUUUUAUUUCCACCUCCCUCUUCCGUCUCUAACUUUCUCUCUCCUUAACCUGAGAGAGACGAAGAAGAAAACCCACACCACAGAAACCCUGGUGUGCGACUGCGUUCUCUCUAAUGGCGAGCUGGGUCUUAUCAGAAUGUGGCUUAAAGCCUCUUCCUCAAAUUUUUUCUAGACCCAGAACUGGACCCAUCUCGUGCAAGCCCUCAAAGAUCAGAUUUUUGCAUUCAAAUAAAACCGGGACAGAUCUCAAAUGUUUUUCUACAAAAAUUUUAAAUGGGUGUUUUACAGAGAGAAACUGGGGCCUAAAAGUGAGUGCCCCACUGAGGGUUGCUUCUGUCGAAGGAGAUGAAGAGCGGAAACAACGAAUCGAUAGCGCUAAUGGGUUCAAAGAAGAAGAAGAAGAACCGAAGUUCGACCCCAGCGCGCCGCCACCGUUCAAGUUGGCUGACAUUAGAGCCGCCAUUCCGAAGCAUUGUUGGGUGAAGGACCCGUGGAGAUCCAUGAGCUAUGUGGCUAGGGAUGUUGCGGUGGUUUUUGGGUUGGCUGCUGCCGCGGCUUAUUUUAACAAUUGGUUUGUUUGGCCUCUGUAUUGGGCUGCUCAGGGGACUAUGUUUUGGGCUCUUUUUGUUCUUGGCCAUGACUGUGGCCACGGGAGUUUUUCAAAUAAUCCCAAGUUGAAUAGUGUCGUGGGGCAUCUUCUGCAUUCUUCAAUUCUUGUACCCUAUCAUGGAUGGAGAAUUAGUCAUAGGACUCAUCACCAAAACCAUGGGCAUGUUGAGAAUGAUGAAUCGUGGCACCCGCUGUCAGAAAAAAUUUUCAAGAAUUUGGACAACAUUACCCGGACUUUGCGAUUUACUGUACCUUUUCCGCUAUUGGCAUACCCUUUCUACCUGUGGAACAGAAGCCCUGGGAAAACUGGCUCCCAUUUUGACCCAAAAAGCGACUUGUUCGUUCCCAAUGAGAGGAAAGAUGUGAUUACUUCCACUGUCUGUUGGACGGCAAUGGCUGCUCUGCUUGGGGGGUUAGCCUUUGUAAUGGGCCCUGUUCAAUUGCUUAAACUUUAUGGUGUUCCAUAUUGGGGUUUUGUUAUGUGGCUUGACUUGGUCACCUACUUGCAUCACCACGGUCAUGAAGACAAAUUACCAUGGUAUCGUGGAAAGGAAUGGAGUUAUCUAAGAGGAGGGCUUACGACGAUUGAUCGGGACUAUGGAUGGAUUAACAAUAUACACCACGAUAUUGGAACCCAUGUCAUCCAUCAUCUUUUUCCUCAGAUACCACACUACCACUUAAUUGAAGCUACUGAGGCAGCUAAGCCUGUUCUUGGGAAAUAUUACCGGGAGCCAAAGAAAUCAGGACCUCUGCCGUUUUACCUAGUCGGAAGUUUGAUAAAAAGCUUGCGACAAGACCACUAUGUUAGUGACAGUGGGGAUGUUGUGUACUACAAAACUGACCCCAAACUUAGUGGCUCAUCAUCUAAGUGAAGUAAAAGCUUCCAAUCCAUUCUUUCAUUACAACUAGAAGAGGUUCUCAAGCCAUCCAUUUGACCCUGGAUUUCCUUGCUUACCUUGAUCUAUCGUCCUUCAAUUAGGCGUAACCCCUUCAUGGCAUAUGAAUUUCUCAUGCCAAGGGAGAGCUAAUGCCUGACAACUAUGAAUUAUAAUAGCUGCAUGUUUUAGAGCACAAGCCAUAUGCAUGUCAAUUUGAAAACUGUUGCUGUAAUAGGGAAGGAAUUAUGUGUAUUUAAUUCUUCUGGGGGGGAAAUAAUAUCCCUCAGCAAAUAUAUUAUGUACCAUUUAUAAUUUCAUAAUUGAUGAACAGUCAAGGGGAAAGCACUGAAGUGAAAGGAUAAUGAUUGUGUUUGAGAUA